AUCAGCAUCGGCAUCAGGAUCCCAGACCCAGGAUGUUGCACAGCAGCUACAACCGGGCACCUCGGCGCAAGCUCAUUCCGAACCUGUUCAGCAACAUCUUGCAGGUGAUCGCCGAUGCGGACCAUCCGCUAACCGAGCCCGAGAUCAUCGAGGCCGUCGCCGAUCGACUGGAUCGCAGCGACGAGGAGCUGAAGCGCCAGAUAACGGUGAGCCUCCACGAUGCCCUGAUCUACGGCUACCUGCGGGUGAAGAACUAUCGUUACUCGAUAGUUCCCAGUCGCCUGGACCCGGACGACCAUCCCCACCACCAUCCGGAGCCCAGCUCCUCGAUCGCCGCCACCGCGGAACAUCAUCGGGUGCAGGACAGGAUCUCCAGUGGGACCAGUGCAGCCAUGGAUCACGGACACGGUCAGGAUCGGGAUCGGGACCAGGAACCCACUCCCAAGGCCGCCCAGGCGGUCAAAAAAGUAACUGCUGAGUCGGAAAAGCAAACAAAUUAAUAAAAUAAAUUUUA